UGGUGUGCUGUGUGUGUGUUUGUGUUGCAGUGUGGAAGGUGAUGCUCCAGGCAGUGAGGUGGGCGCCUCUGUGGACCCCAGCGGCGGCUACAGUUGCGUCCCAGUGACCCACAGUGGCGGGCUCGGCCCCGGCCACUUGGACAACCAGUUCUACGGUCACAUCUUGCUGCCCGGCCACCCACGGCCACGCCGACCAAAGCUCCAGCACUCCCAGUCCAUCCUCCGCAAGCAGGCAGAGGAGGAGGCCAUCAAGCGCUCCCGUUCACUGUCAGAGAGCUAUGAACUCUCAUCAGACCUACAGGACAAGCAGGUGGAGAUGCUAGAGCGGAAAUAUGGUGGCCGUUUUAUAACCCGACAUGCAGCUCGCACCAUUCAGACAGCCUUCCGCCAGUACCAGAUGAACAAGAACUUUGAACGUCUUAGAAGUUCUAUGUCUGAGAACCGUAUGUCCAGACGGAUAGUCCUAUCCAAUAUGAGAAUGCAGUUUUCCUUCGAAGGACCUGAAAAAGUCCACAGCUCCUACUUCGAGGGAAAGCAAGUCUCACUAACAGAUGAUGGCACCAAAAUUGGCACACUGAUGCAGUCAGAGCAUGGUGAGGAGAUGGGGGUACAGGCUAAGACCCCCACAACACAGAGUGACUUCACAGAUGCUAUCACAGAACUAGAAGAUGCCUUCUCCAGGCAGGUCAAAUCUCUAGCUGAGUCCAUAGAUGACGCUCUAAACUGUCGCAGCCUUCACGGUGACGAUAGCCAGUCAGAGCCAGUUAGAGGGCACCAGGAUUUAGAUAGGCAGGUCAGCUGCCCAGUUAAACCCUCUCACAGCGCAGAACACCGAAAACUGGACGAAAUGACGGCGUCUUACAGUGAUGUCACCCUUUACAUCGAUGAAGAGGAGCUGUCACCACCCCUGCCUCUGUCUCAGUCUGUAGACCGACCCUCCAGCACAGAAUCAGACUUGCGUCAGCGUUCCCUCAACUCCUCCCAGGACUACUGGUCUCUGGCCCAUAAGGAUGAGAAAGGGGACACGGACACCAGCUGCCGCAGCACACCAUCCCUGGAGUGCCAAGAGCAGCGUCUGCGGGUAGACCACCUACCCUUACUGACCAUUGAGCCCCCCAGCGACAGCUCUGUAGAGCUGAGUGAUCGUUCUGACCGCAGCUCUUUGAAGAGACAAAACGCCUACGACCGGACCCUCACCAACCAGCAGAGCAGCCCCAAACACAUCAGCCAUGGCCUGCCACCCCGAGGGCCUUCCAGAGAAGAUGACGGCACCCGCCAUCGGCCACGACAACUGGAGGCCCAUCUGGCCAUCAAUGGCACUGCAAACCGCCAGAGCAAAUCGGAGUCCGAUUUCUCUGAUGGUGACAACGACAGCAUCAACAGUACAUCGAACUCCAACGACACCAUCAACUGCAGCUCCGAGUCCUCAUCCAGAGACAGCCUGAGGGAGCAUACGCUCAGCAAGCAAACGUACCACAAAGAGACUCGCAACAGCUGGGACUCGCCUGCAUUCAGCAAUGAUAUCAUCCGUAAAAGGCACUACCGCAUUGGACUAAACCUCUUCAACAAGAAACCAGAAAAAGGCAUCCAGUAUCUGAUUGAGCGAAACUUUGUUCCAGACACUCCGGUGGGUGUGGCCCACUUCCUGCUCCAGAGGAAGGGCUUGAGUAGACAGAUGAUUGGAGAGUUCCUGGGUAACAGACAGAAACAGUUCAACCGAGAUGUCCUUGACUGUGUGGUGGAUGAAAUGGACUUCUCAAGUAUGGAACUGGAUGAGGCACUCAGGAAAUUCCAGGCCCACAUCAGAGUCCAAGGAGAGGCACAGAAAGUUGAGCGGCUGAUAGAGGCCUACAGCCAACGCUACUGCAUCUGCAACCCUGGUGUGGUACGCCAGUUCAGGAACCCGGACACCAUCUUCAUUCUGGCCUUCGCCAUCAUCCUUCUCAACACUGACAUGUACAGCCCCAACGUCAAGCCUGAAAGGAAGAUGAAGCUGGAGGACUUUGUUAAGAACCUUCGAGGAGUGGAUGAUGGGGAGGAUAUCCCCCGAGAGAUGCUGGUAGGGAUAUAUGAACGGAUUCGAAAGCGGGAGCUCAAGACUAAUGAAGACCAUGUGUCCCAGGUUCAGAAAGUGGAGAAACUUAUUGUUGGUAAAAAGCCGAUUGGCUCUUUACACCAUGGUCUGGGCUGCGUACUAUCUCUUCCCCAUCGGAGGCUGGUCUGUUACUGCAGGCUUUUUGAAGUGCCUGACCCCAACAAACCACAAAAGUUGGGUCUGCACCAAAGGGAAAUCUUCCUCUUUAAUGACCUACUAGUGGUUACCAAAAUUUUCCAGAAGAAAAAGAACUCUGUGACGUACAGCUUUCGGCAGUCCUUCUCACUUUAUGGCAUGCAAGUGCUGCUCUUUGAGAAUCAGUUUUAUCCCAAUGGAGUUCGACUGACCUCGGCCAUUCCUGGAGCUGACAUCAAAGUCCUCAUCAACUUCAAUGCUCCCAACCCUCAGGACCGCAAAAAGUUUACUGACGAUUUGCGUGAAUCUAUCGCUGAAGUCCAAGAGAUGGAGAAGUACCGAAUAGAAUCUGAGCUAGAAAAACAGAAAGGGGUGGUGAGGCCCAGCAUGUCCCAGAGUUCGGGGUUAAAGAAGGAAACGGGCAACGGCAACCUGACCCGAGCGAGCCUCGACGACAGCUAUGCCAUCGGUGAAGGUUUAAAGAGGAGCGCCCUCAGCAGCUCCCUGCGUGACCUCUCAGACGCAGGCAAGCGUGGGAGACGCAGCAGUGCAGGAUCACUAGACAGCAAUAUGGAAGGGUCCAUCAUUAGCAGUCCUCACAUGCGGCGGAGAACUCCCUCAAGCCGAGACUGCCCAUCCCGCCACAGCGGCCAGUCUCUGCCCAACUCCUCCUCACUGCUGGGGACUCUUUUUGGCACCAGGCGGGUGAAGUCUCCCAGCCCUACCCCUCAGACCCCACACCCUACCCUCAUCUCCCACACCCCGCACCCUUCCAACCUGCACCACACGGCCCGGGUGGAGACGGACACACCCGUCGGCAUGCACCACGCCCAGUUCUGCCACGUGACCCAGAACCCCCCGCCUUACCACCACCACCACCACUACCACCCGCCGGCCCACUUGCAGCACCCGCCGCACCAGUACCACCCGCCCCCCUCUCACGGGCAGCAGCCACCCUUCCCACCUCACUCUCACACGCAGCACGGCCACGGGAGCCACCCAACCCACUCGGCGCACUCCUCCCACUCGACGCACUCCUCCCACCACCACGGCCCGCCAUCGGCGCCCUCCCAGGCCCCCAGCAGCACCAAGCCCAAGCACAGCGGCAUCAGUACAGUGGUGUGAGGCGCAUGGGAGCCUCUCUGGGCUCUCUUGACUGAACUUUGAUUUUACUCCGACACUCUCGACUGACGAGACGGUCGCACUGUGCAUCACCGGUCUGCUUCUCCAAGAAAAUGUGAAGGCAGACGAGAUCCUGUGCCUCCUUCACAGCAUUUUCUCUUAGAGGGCAGUUUAUUCAACACAGUUCUUUUCCUGGUUGCUCAUUUCAGAUUAUAAUCCACGCCUCAGGAGCAACAGACAACAACGCAAGAGCAUGCACAAAGACCACACCUACUGUUUCUCCUCAGUCAAUUAAAGGAACAUGAUCAAAUAUCUCGCUUACUAGUACUUUACAGAAUAAGUAAAAUAGUAAUCUUGAUUUUAGUGUCUACAAAGUGAUUUAAACUAGUGUGAGGAUGGUUUGGCUGAACAGACAGACAGAUGAGACGAGACGGUCAGCCUCAGCAGUAGCCGUACGAAUAUUUAAUGUAGCGGUAGCUCACAGCUGCACUGUGAUAUCUCUGUUAGCAGUGAUAAAUGUGCCAAUUAUCGAAGCAUUUACUAAUUUAGUCACAGAAAUUGCUUUAUGUAUAUUGUGCAUAUAGUAUUUUGUAAAAUAAUAUCAACUGUUAUAAUUAUAAUUAUUAUUACAGGACAAAAUGGCAUCAGUUACAAAUCUCAGUAUUAUACUCGUACAUAGGUGGCGUAGUUUCACUGUUAAGAGACCAAUCAAAGCUUUUCAUUAGGCAAUGUAGUACGCUGGAAUACUAACGUAUAUGGUUGCCUUUGAGUUAGAACUCUGUUAAGAUUGCUGACGGCCCGCGUACACGUUCAUCCACCGCACUUGUCAGUUUUGCAGUUUGUUGUGUCUCCACAGCGACUUGCCGAGCAAACAUCUGAAUGUCCGCCCUUUCAGUACUAGCUGCUCGUCCGCCGUCAUUUUAUUUUUUUUAACUAUUUUUUCAGAGUCCAAGAAACAUUAUCAAAUGCUUUGUAUGUUGUGCUGCGACCUGGUAGGAUUCUACGGGCCCGACCCAUAGGAGGAGGACGUUUUUGAUGAUGUUUGCGGAAGUGGAAGGAAUCGGUGCGAACUGUGCAGAAGGGAAAACGGCAACCAUGACUGUUCAAGUGUCUCUCCUGACGUGGAAGCUCUCAGCUGGCUGAGUGUGCCCCCUGUCCCUCUUUUUGGUUUUUGCGUCUCUUGAGCGUCGAGUGCUGUUUACUCUCUCUCUCUCCGUCUGACUUUUUUUCUCCCUCAGAGCGACGCGGACGCCACAGUCUAAAAAAAAAUUUAAAAAAUCAAUAAUUAUCAUCCUGCGACGGUGAUGACACUCAUGCUUCACUCACCACAAAUGACUGUUUUAUAUCAAUCAUCAUUCUAGACAUAUUAUGGGAUGGCGGCUGGUUAUACCUCCCGGCUAUCCUGUGCACAGUAUCUGUGGUGUGUGUGUGUGUGUGUGUGUGUGUGUGUGUGUGUGUGUGUGUGUGUGUGUGUGUGUGUGUGUGUAGAGUGGAGGCAAUGGGCUGGUGUGCUGGAGCAUAUUCUGCUGCGGGGGUGCAGCGAUAGACACAGCACUUGUUCUACAUAGCUGAUAUCAGUGGCAGAAAUUAGUCUGUAUCUGCUUAAAGACUAUGAGAUGGAUUUUUUUUUUUUUUUACUUGUAUGUGCAAUAUGUAUUUACUUUUUUGUCCAACAGCAUUUGCAAUCUGGUGUUUAUUCUGUUUUGUUUAGGUCUGUUAGGUUUGUCUUUUUUUUCUCCCCCUUCAACAUCCUCUGUCAUUUCUUCCUCAAUAUUUCAGUGAAGUGCAAGUAUCCACAUGGAUUUGGAGCGAUUGGACCUUUCACACUGAUAAAGAAUGUCAAAGAAUAAUAAUUGCAUGUAACAACGUAUUUUAAGGCUAUUUUCUAACUAUCCUUGUAUUCCCAAACUAUUACCAGUGUUACAGUUGACAGUUGUUGAAAAUGAAUGGUAGAAUAGCUUUGACUUCUUCAAUUACAGCUAACUGAAGUCACCCAUGUAUUUGUGUCACUCCAAAAGGAUGAAUCUGUAUCUUUCCUGAUCCACAUACAUAUUAGUUUAUCGGAUCUUACGUGAAGCUGGAUGUUGAGAGGAAAGGUCUCGGCCAAUAAAAAAAUGGUGUGAUAAUGAAUAGACAGCAAUGAGAAUAACGAAUGGAACUCUAUCUCCAUAUUUAUCAUGUAUCUGUCAAUGGCUCACACAUUACUGUUGUCAAGUUCAGUAGAUCAGUAUUCUUAAAUACAUCUUUCCCAAGGUUCCAGUUUUCAAGGUACCACUUUUUAAUAAAACACCUUUUAUAAAGAGUUUAUCAAUUAUAACUAAUAGCUUAAGUAAGGGUCACUAAAUAGUUUGCUAAUGCUUGAUGUAAAAAGCCACCAAUAUGAACAUUGGAGUUGCCAAGUUCUGAAAAUCUCCAAGGCAACAAAUGUUAGUUGAUUGGUUCUAAAUGGUAUGUAGUCAUUAAAGUGUAUUUCCAAUAAUCCAUCAAGUCUGCAGUUGUAAAGCUGGUGGCGAUAACGCUCAAAGAAGCAUAUCAAUGUGCUUGUAAAGGCAGUAAAGAAGAAGAGUGCAAUACCGGUCAAUACUCGCUUGCUUUGGAAAUGUUCUAAGAGAAAAUGCCUUCAGUGUAUUUGACAUUUUGGUGAGAAACACAAGAAGUAAACAUGACUUUUGUUUGUUUCCAAGAGAAAACUACACAGGGUAACUUUAAUUGAAAUUGAAACACUUCUAUGGAAUAAAAAUGUACCCUCUGGGAAAAGCAGCAUAGCAUAGGUACGGUUUCACACAGCAAAUGCCAUGUGUUUACUGAGUGUGGCUGUUUAGGUUGUCCUCUAAAAAUACAUUGUAUACCAAGAACAGAUGUGUCAGGAUCUUUGUGGCUUUCCACCUCUACUAAACAGUCUACUGUGGGAAACCAUGCUAGGAGAGGAACACCAUCUAAAUGGAAUGUUCACAACCUUGCAACCCAAUUGUUCUAAUCAAGGAUUUAUAAGUGAGCCAUAAAGUAUUACUUAAGUAUUUAGUAACCAUUAAUGAAGCCAUUAGUUACCACCUGUGAAUCAUUUAUAAAGAAUGCCUUAUUAGAAAGUGGUACCAACAUGGGUCUCAUGAUCCAGGCUCUAUGUACAGUAGGGUACUCUAAAAUCUAAUAUUUGGCUCUGGUAUGUUAAAAUAUGCAGCACCUACAGCAUUUAAUCCAGCAUAGUUUAUGUUUUGCGGAGUCAGGAAAGUGCCAAAAUUACAUGGUCAUAGCAUUUCAAAUCAGUUUUAUACCAAGUAGAUUGGGGACCAGAUUGAAUUGACCCACCAUUACCCCGCAUUUGACCAAUCACAACCUCUCUCUUCAGACCAAAGUCUGAUCAUCACUAUCUAAUUGUUUUGGAAUAAUGUGAAAGAAAGCAGCCAAGAAGUCAGCUAGCUUUAUUGAAUAUUGAUGGUUCUUCAUAUUAUGUCUAAUAAAGUGUUUUCAAGUCACCACUCUCCAGUUCCUUCAGAAGACUGAUCUAUUAUAUAAAACCUGUCCAGAUUCUGUGUGAGGUGCUUUGUUGCAUGCCAUUGAUGCCUACCGUUUCUUUUUUUUUCUUUUUUUUUUCUAAGUGUUAUUUUUUCGAGCGGCAGGCUUGAAUAGACCCUAAAAAGUUCAGUGUAGCUUUGAUUUCUCUGAUUGAUGCUUGUUUACAUUUACAUGAUUUCUGGCCUGCUAGUGAGUCUCUUCAUUAUAAAGCUGUGUCAUUCUUCUCCAGCAUGCAUUUCACCUCUAUUUCUGUUGUACAGUAUAACGACAUAGCAGUUUACUGCUGAGUGUAAAUAGCAAAUCCAUCUGGGGAAAUCUAAUGUAAGUUCAUGAAGUAAAAAGGGUCUGAAAGGGAGGAAACAUUUCAAGCGUUGGUGGGUAGUAAACAGAGAGAAACAUAUGUAAAUAGUCUGUAAAUUAUUAUUAUUAAUUAUUAUUAUUAAUAUUACUACUACUACUACUACUCAAUGUCUGCAGUUACAUUGAAGGUGCAUUCCUGCUCCCCUCUAAUCUUUACAUAAUCAUCAAACUGCUUCUCUCUGCCUCGGACAGGACUGAAUUAUCAUAGGAUGUAGAGAUGAACAGCCAACUGUUACACAGUUAACAUGCUUCUGACUUAUUUCCUGAGAUGCUCCUGUUCUCUCACACUCACAGCCCACUUUUGAAGUCAAAGGGAAGGCAGGAGUGCUCUUAUUUUAUUAUGCAUUCUGUUUCUAAGUAGACAAAACCCUAUUGAUGUAAAACUUAGUACUGUGACGAUGUUGAGAACGCAUAAUAAAACGAUAUACUGUAAAACCUGA